AGAGAGAGAGAGAGAGAGAGAGAGAGAGAGAGAGAGAGAGAGAGAGAGAGAGAGAGAGAGAGAGAGAGAGAGAGAGAGAGAGAGAGAGUAUUCUGUGUGGCCUGGGGUGUUUUCCCUAACUCGCCCUAUGCCUGGCAGUGCCUUCCCCAGCCAGUCAGUAUCUAUGGGGUUAAGGACGCCAUCGGCCAGAGUCCAAGUGUGGAAUUGUCUCUCCCAAAGAUGGCCUUUUUCUGCUUUUUUUCGACCCUUGAUCGGCUAUUCGUUGCCUCUUAAUUAAGCCUUUGUGUGGCGGCGUCCACUUGAUUAUUAAUGAGAAAUGGAGGAAAGACAAAAGUCAGAGAAAACCUGUGAUGAAAAUAGAGGAGAAUCCCGCAAGGAAGCCUGGAAAGCCGCUCCAAGAGGGAGACCAAAUCUGUCCAGCACCAUGCUACGAGGAUGUCAAAGCCGCUGGGGGUUAAAAGAGAUACACCAAGACACAGAAAAAUUUCAUAGCGAGGUGUUUGUGCUGGAUGACGGUGGAGAGGUGGAUCUCGACCUGGGUGAUUUUGAGCAGUACCCUGACAUCACGCUGGACAGUGAAAGCAACAUAACAACAGGCAAGAUCUACCAGUCGGUCAUCAACAGAGAGAGGUGUGGGGACUACCUAGGGAAGACUAUUCAGAAGAACGAGGAGACACAGGACAAGUUGAAAGUAAAAAGAAGCGGGAAAGAUGUUAGAGAGUUCAGUUUCUCAAACAGAGCUAUUGAAACAAUGAAGUCUCCCAAAUAA